UCAUCUGCAAAUGCAUCUGAAAGUGGUGCAGACGAGAGGCACUGAGCUACCUUGGGCAGCCUGGGAGCUGGGAAAUCAGUGCAAGCCAGAGUGGACCCACCCUGGGAGCUGGGUUAGCAGGUGCCUUGAUAUUCCAGGUCUCAGCUUUAAAAAAAAAAAAAAUUUGAAGGACAGCACAUUAAAGUGGUCAGGGCACUGCUGGGAGGAAAAAGGGGGCGCAGGGACAAGCUCACGGCCAUGGCUGCAAAACCCCUCUGCGGAGUGGAGCAAACUGCAGUGAGGCCCAGCUUGGGCAGGUUCCUGGCAUGGAGCUCACCGGCCUUCAGGCGACAUAAGUGCCCCAUGCACCACACCAUGUUGCUGUUGCUGCUCCUGUGCCCCGAGCUGCCUAGGGGUCAUAACCUAAAGCCAUCCUUGCCCCCCAUUGUGCCAGACCGGCCCUUUCUGGUGGCCUGGAAUGCGCCAACGGCUCGGUGCUGGACUUCCUAUGAGGUGCCCCUCAGCGUGGCUUCCUUCAGCCUCCUGGUGAACGCGCAGGAAGACUUCACAGGCGGCAACGUCACCAUCUUCUACUAUGACCAGCUGGGUCUGUACCCCUACUACCUGAACACCACCACGCCGCCCGUGGCCGUCAAUGGCGGCUGUCCCCAGAACGCCAGCCUGCUGGACCACCUGGACAAGAUGGCCAGCGACAUCGCCGCCACCAUGCCCUCGGCCUCCUUCGCUGGCCUGUCCGUGAUCGAUUGGGAGAACUGGAGGCCCCAGUGGAUCCGGAACUGGGACAAGAAGAACGUCUACCGGGCCAUGUCCGCCCAGCUGGUGAGGCAAAGGAACCCACGCUGGCCCGACGAGCAGGUGGAGCUGGAGGCUAAGUGGGAGUUUGAGACGGCUGCGGCCAGGUUCAUGGUGGAGACCCUCAAGCUGGCGCAGUUGCUGCGCCCCGGCGGCUGGUGGGGCUACUACCUCUUCCCCGAAUGCUACAACUACCACUACUGGGAUGACUUUGAGAACUUCACUGGGGGCUGCCCCCAGGUGGAGGUGCAGCGCAACAACAAGCUGCUGUGGCUGUGGGAGCAGAGCAAGGCGCUCUACCCCUCCAUCUACAUGGAGGAGGUACUGAGAGCCUCCCCGCAGGGCAAGAAGUUUGUGCAGGCCAAGCUAAGUGAAGCUCUGCGUGUGGCUCAGCUGCCCUCUGCCAACCACUCCCUGCCUGUCUUCGCGUACGCCCGGCCCUUCUACAGCUACACCCUGAAGGAGCUAACCCAGACAGACCUGGUGUACACAAUCGGGCAGGCAGCAGCCAUGGGGGCUCACGGGAUUGUCCUCUGGGGAGGUGUGGAAUAUUCUCGCAACCAGCCCAACUGUGUAAAGAUCCAGAAAUACCUGACUGGCACCUUAGGCCCUUACAUCAUCAAUGUGACCAAGGCAACCAAACUCUGCAGCCAGUUUGUCUGCAACAACCAUGGCCGCUGCCUUCGCAGGAAGAUGGAUUCGGACAGCUACCUGCACCUGGACGCGAGCUCCUUCCAGAUCCGAGUGGACAGAGCCACCCACGGACCGCAUGUGUCCGUGAAAGGAGCCCUCACCACGCAGCAGAGGGACAGGAUGAAACAAGAGUUCACAUGUCACUGCUACCAGGGCUGGAGUGGGGAACACUGCCAUUCCCAGGGGCAGAGCAACCGGCUCUGGGCAUGGGACCUGGGCAUCCCCAUGGUGGUGAUGUCUGCAAUAUGGACGUGGGGCAUGUGACCCACUUUUGCAACAAAUUAUUUUCCAUGUGAAUUUGUGAAGCCUGUGACAUGACGUGAACCCCGGAAAAAGGAAUGACAAGGAAGGAGGAAAAACAGCAGCAGGUUCUGUGCAUU